UCAGGCAGCAAACGCUUCCAUCGUGCUGAAAUCAAACCCAUUCAGGGGAAGUAAGCCUGCCUUCAGAAAAUCAUUUUGUCAGGGGAAAAGCAGAUCCCAGCUAAUUUCUCUGAAUGCUCUGUUUUAACAGCAAAUAGAACUCUUGCUGGCUUCACCUCCAUCUUAGUGAGUGUUUUACCCCCAUUUCCCCCUGCACAACGCGGGAAUAGGCAGUGUCAAGGUUAAACCUGGUCGCAAGCUUUUGUUAAGGUGUCGUGCCUGCUUGCGAAGGCAAGGCACCUGCCAGGCAUGCCCAGUCAGCCCUAGGAGCCGGCUCUCCCUGCGCUCAGGCUUUGGGAGGCUGGAGCACAAAGAGCGCUUGUUGCCCCAGUCCCCGGGAGUCUCCCAGUGCUACCACUAGCUGGGGAGGACUGGUUACCAUGGAGGCUGCCAUCUGUUCGCUCCCUGCUGGAAUGUGAUUAUCCUCGCUGGGUUGGGAACCAGCAAAAGCAGGGGAGCGUGUGCUGUCGGCAAUUAUCUGCAAUGGAGUGCGUUAAUGGAAGGCUGGAAUUAGCUAGCUGGAGGAGCACAUAAAAGGAUUUUAUCAAAACUAUUAAUGAUUUCUAGCCAAGAGGAGUAAGCUUUUUGCGAGAAGUUCCAUCUUGUUGAGGUGCCUAACUGGAGAACCUGAAGACUCAGAGCUCUUCUGCAAAUGAUUUCAGAAAAUAUUCCUCCCAGGCAGCAGCAUCUGUCCAAAGUCCUUAAUAUUGUCUAGAACUUGUACAGCGAGUGCCACAACCAGACUAGUUGAGCAGAAUGUACGCAAUGAAGCGGCUCAGGGAAUAAAUGGAAGCGUGCCAGUCAAACAAUCCCCACGUUCAGCUUCAAAUCCAAAGCCACAAGUGCCUCCAAAGCCAGUUCAUCUGCAGAAGGCAACGUACCAAACCCCCAGGCAUAAAGCUUUAGCAAAUCACAAACCAAGGAUGGAGGAAGAGGCGCCCGCUGCUGUUUCCAGUGUUGCAAGGGAGAAGCCCAGUAAAGUGUCAGAUCUCAUCCAUCGUUUUGAGGGAGGCAGCUCGUUGAAUCCUAGUGAUUUGAAGAAAGAUUCCUCUGUUCUCCACCUUACUAAAUCUCAAGGAAGAUAUGGGUCAACACCAUCACCUCAGCCCAAACUCCCCUCCCAGCACUCACUACAAAAACAGGGAAACAAUAAUACUGACAAAACUCAGGUUGCACAGCUACACACAGCCAACGGAGUAGUAGCACAAGACCAGCCGGAGGAUGAGGACAGGAGAUUAUCAGAUCGUGGCUCUGCUGUGUCCACUCCAGUUCCAGAUGAUGUCAUUGACAGCAGCUUGAUAAACGGGGAAGAAGAAAGUACUUGCAGGGAGUCAUUGCAAAGUAUGACUACCUGUGAAGAACAGAUGCUUAACAGCUGCUACAGAACUCCAAGUAGUGAUACACUGCUCCCAUCUGAAAAUGAAACUCCAGAAAUUAAUAGUAAUGUGAAGGAAGAACCAGCUGAGGAAAUCAGUAAACAAGAUCAACCUGUAGAAACAAAGGAGACAGAUGAACAGAAACGUCACAAAAUUGCCAGUGAACUUCUGCAAACAGAAAAAGCCUACGUUAGCCGGCUUGACCUCCUAGAUGGGGUAUUCUAUUCCAGACUCCUUGAGGAAGCCAACAGAGGUUCGUUUCCACCUGAAGUGAUUAAUAAAAUAUUUUCUAAUAUUUCGUCAAUAAAUGCCUUCCACAGUAAAUUCUUACUUCCAGAACUUGAAAAAAGAAUGCAAGAAUGGACUACCACCCCUAGAAUUGGAGAUAUUCUGCAAAAGUUAGCUCCUUUCCUCAAGAUGUAUGGAGAGUAUGUGAAGAAUUUUGAUAACGCAAUGGAAUUGGUGAAAACGUGGACUGAACGGUCACCUCAAUUCAAAUUCAUUAUUCAAGACAUUCAGAAGGAAAAAGUGUGUGGAAAUUUGACAUUGCAACAUCACAUGCUAGAACCAGUACAACGCAUUCCACGCUACGAGAUGCUUCUAAAGGACUACCUAAGGAAAUUGCCUCAGGAUUCUCUAGACUGGAAAGAUGCUGAAAAAUCCCUGGAAAUUAUAUCCACUGCAGCAAGUCACUCGAAUAGUGCAAUUAGAAAGAUGGAGAAUCUAAAGAAGUUGCUAGAGAUAUAUGAGAUGCUGGGAGAAGAGGAAGACAUUGUGAACCCUUCAAAUGAACUGAUAAAAGAAGGCCAGAUCCUUAAACUCGCUGCUCGCAAUACGUCUGCUCAAGAACGGUAUCUUUUCCUAUUUAACAAUAUGUUGCUCUACUGCGUUCCCAAAUUCAGCCUGGUAGGAUCAAAGUUCUCAGUUCGAACCAGAGUUGGCAUAGAUGGUAUGAAAAUUAUAGAAACUCAUAAUGAAGAAUAUCCACAUACUUUUCAAGUGUCUGGAAAAGAACGAACACUGGAGUUGCAGGCCAGUUCUGAACAAGAUAAAGAAGAAUGGAUAAAGGCACUUCAGAGUACUAUUGAAGUUUUUCAGCAGAGGAAUGAAACUUUCAGAAACGCUAUUGCUAAAGAAUAUGAAGACAUGCCUGUUGAGGUUUCUAACGCCGAGCUUGGGAAGAGAGCACCGAGGUGGAUACGGGACAACGAGGUGACCAUGUGCAUGAAGUGCAAGGAGCCAUUUAAUGCCCUGACAAGGAGAAGGCACCACUGCCGAGCAUGUGGACAUGUGGUUUGCUGGAAAUGUUCUGAUUACAAGGCACAUCUUGAAUAUGAUGGCAAUAAAUUGAACAAAGUCUGCAAGGACUGCUAUCAUGUUAUAAUUGGUUGUACAGACAGUGAAGAAAAGAAGAAGAAAGGCAUCUUGGAGAUUGAAUCCGCAGAAGUCUCUGGAAACAGUGUCAUAUGUAGCUUUCUUCAGUACAUGGAAAAGUCGAAGCCCUGGCAGAAAGCUUGGUGUGUUAUACCUAAACAGGAAGCUCUUGUGCUCUACAUGUAUGGUGCUCCACAGGAUGUUAAAGCUCUGGCUACAAUUCCCCUUCUGGGCUAUACAGUGGAUGACACUCCAAGAAGUGCUGACCUCCCACACAGCUUCAAACUGACCCAGUCUAAAUCUGUGCACAGCUUUGCUGCUGACAAUGAGGAACUGAAACAGAAAUGGCUAAAAGUUAUCCAUUUAGCUGUCAAAGGUGAGACACCAGAAUGUCAAAAUGAACUGCAAGUGAAUUUAGAAGAGCAGCCUGAAUCUUCUAAAAGAUCUGAAUGCUGAAGCUUGAGAACACAUGGCAUUUUUAAAAGAUUUCAGUUGAAAUUGUGGUUAACCUUUGUGUUAACCUCUUUGCUCAAUCAAGAAAAAAGAAAAAAAAAAAAAAGAAAAAGAAACUUCUUACUACCAUACACAUCUUGGCACUUUAUGUUUGGGAAAAAUUCUGGUCUUUUUAGGGAUCUUUUUCUUAUAUUUAUGUUCUGUCAAUAAAAGAGAUGUACAGGUUCAUUUAAGAGACUUUUUAAAAAAAUGUGAAUGCUAUUAAAAAUACUUACUAACUUUACUGUACUACUUGUUUGUCAUAAUGCAAUUAUUUUUUUUUGAGAAUCCAGUUGCUCUUCAGUUAACAUUUGCUACUUUCAUUAAGAAUGCAAAUAUUUUAAGCUUCCUACUUACAUGUUAGGACUUGCAACAGGAUAAAAGAUAUACCUCCACAUUGCCAAAAUAGAUCUGUACUUAAACAUGCAGGGACAGUUUGGUUUAAUGUACGUAGUUUAUAGAUUGAUUUCCACAGAUCUGUACAUAUGUUGUAUUCACUUGUCUCUUUUUACUUAAAAUAAUGCAAAUUUCUUUCACUGGUAUAUUGGCUUUUAAGGUUUCAGUUUCUCAAGGAAAAAAAAUCUAAUGAUUUUCAAUCUAGAAAUAAAUGCCUAAAAUAUGAGAAAACUAUAUAUAAUAUAUGUACAGUAUUAAAAAUGUACAAUACUUGAUUUGUGCUUUGAUUUCAUGAUUCUGGGUUCCUCUUAGUGAAUAAUUUAUUUUAAAAAAGCAUGUUUUCUAUUUGAAAUUAAACACAGUCCUAAAUUGAAAAAAUACUGUUCAGUGACUUGUUUUAAUAGCUGACACUUAAUGAUCUUGAUAUUUUUAUGCAUCAAAAAAAUAGCAGUGAUGUAAGUGGCAUGCAAUGGACAUAUGAGUUCCAGUUGUGUUUUAAACGAGUAGUCGCUUUUCUUCGGUGUCCUAUCACUGGUAGCUUUUAAGAGUGCAGUAGUUUGUUACUCAAAUGCAAUAUGUGGUUUGAGAAAAGCAACAGAUUCUAAUAACCUGCUGGGAACGUGUGUUUUUGCUAUUAUGGUUAUCGAAACAAAAGAACAUUUUGAACUUAAGUUUUUUAAUUUUUGCAGAAGAUUAGAUCCUCUAAUACUUAUUUAUGACAGCAGUCUUCAAGGAUUAUUGUUGUAAGGUGGAGCCUGCUUUAUAAAAGUUCAGUAUGAAGUCUGAGCUUGCAAAUCUCAAGUUGUGUUAACUAACAUUAUUUGUUUUCUUUGUCUGUGAAUAAGGACUUGUUAGCUUUACAAUAUUAAGUUCCUUAUGAACUUUCAUUCCUGUUAGAGUUUUUAUACAUAGAGGCAAAUGACCUCCCCAAAAUUUUUGCUGUAAUCAUCCUUGGAUGAAAUAUGAAAAACUCAGAAGUAGUGAUUGACUAUCAAGUAGACAAUUAAAAUAAUUUCUGUCUUUCCUUUUCUGAACCGUUAAAGGAGGGGAAAUAUGUAACUUCUACAAUCAACUUGUCAUAAGACCAUUCAAGAGUCUUCUCAAUAUGUCUGCAAUCUGUAUUUUAAAUUCUGCCAAGCUGAAGAGCUCAGGUUCAAGUCCAGUUUUAUUAGUAACAUGAGGGCAGAUUUAAAUUUUUGCUUUUUUAUAACGAGUUUGCCAAACUAGUUAUUCACUGAACUCCCGUUCCCACUUUACUGUUUCUGCAACAUUAUAGGGAAAAAAACCCCAACUUGUUUUGCAUUUAACAAAGGAUUGUUAAAUUUUUAGCACCAAGGGUACAUGAGCAUGCACUGUCCAUUGUUCCUUCACAAGAAGAAUGUCAUGCAACUUAAUGUUAGUAGGAUGGAUUUUGCUCUCACCUACACAAAUCCAAAAUCUACCAUAGCCUUUAAAUUUCAAAGCUUUACACCAGUGUUAGUAAUGAUCAGGACGUGGUAUUGUAGAGUACUAACUCUGCAGCUGACUUUUGUGCAUGUCAGUUCUGAAUUCUUCCUUGGGUGCUCCGUGUGUCCAGAUUAUUCUGCAUGAUACCCUAGUGUUACUUUUAUCUGAUGUACAAGCUCUUCUGUAAUUCUCUAAGAGAUUUUAAGUUACUUCUACUGUCAGCUGUGUUUACCUUUAUUAAUAGGCAGCUCAAGCCUGUUUUGAUUCAUGUUGGUGAGUACCAACGGGUCUUUGCCAAGGUAUCCCUAGCUAAUACAUGUCACCUUGUGCAUACCUUGGCAAGGGAUGGGGGGACAUUCAGGUAAGCAAGAGCUCUCAGUGGCUAUCUUUCCUUCAUGAUCAUCUCCCCAAACUGGGUAUCUUCUACAAGAGCCUCCAGUGCAAUUGUGGGAUAUGGAGAGCUGUCUUACCACAUGUCAGUUUAUAAAAAACGGUUUCCCAUGGUCAAGUUGUAGAGUGUAAGGGAAGAAGUUGCCUUAGAAGAGUUCCCAGAUAAGAUGGACUGAGCUAUACUGAAAAUAAUAUGAGGGGAUGACUGUAAUCAUAGAAUUGGUUUGGUUGGAAAAGACCUCUAGGAUCAUUGAAUCCAGCAAUUACCCAGCACUGCCAAGUCCAUCACUAAUCAUGUCCCUAAGUGCCACAUGUCUUUUAAAUACCUACUGGGAUGGUGACUUAACUCCUUCACUGGGCAGCCUGUUCCAAUGCUUGACCACUCACUUGGUGAAGAAAUAUUUCCUGAUAGCAAAUUUAACCUCCCCUGGUGCAACAUGCCAUUUCCUCUUGUCCUGUUGCUUGUUAUGUGGGAGAAGAGACCAACCCCCACCUCAGUGUAGUCUCCUUUUAGGUAGUUGUAGAAAGCAAUAAAGGUCUCUGUGAACCUCCUUUUCUCCAGACUAAACACCCCCCCUUCCUUCAGUCACUCGUUAUCAGACUUUUGCUCCAGACCCUUCCCCAGCUCUGUUGCCCUUCUCUGGACACACUCCAGCACCUCAAUGUCUUUCUCGUUGUGAGGGGCCCAAAACCGAUCACAGGAUUCAAGGUGCCAAGUACAGGGGGGCAGUCACUGCCCUGGUCCUGCUGGACACAUUAUUGCUGAUACAGGCCAGGAUGCCAUUGGCCUUCUUGCCCACAUGGGCACACUGCUGGCUCAUGUUCAGCGGCUGUUCACCAGCAUCUCAGGGCCUUUUCCACUGGGCAGCUUUCCAGCCACUCUUCCCCAAGCCUGUAGUGCUGCCUGGGGUUGUUGUGACCCAAAUGCAGAUCCUGGCACUUUGCCUUGUUGAAUCUCAUACAGAUGGCUUGACCCAUUGAUCCAGCCUUUCCAGGUCCUGGAAGAGCCUUCUUAUCCUCCAGCAGACCAACAUCCUGCACAGACUGGUGCUGUGUAGUAUAUUCUGUUUUCUAAGCUCCUGCAAACUGAAUUCUAAGUCAAGUAGGAAGCCCUAUUCCAGCUAAAUUAUUAGGAAAAUGAUUGGAAGCAGCAGUUUCUGUGCUGCCUUAUUGUUAUAGUGGUAUUGAGUAGCUGAAGCUGCUUGAAUGGUUGCAACAUCUCCCAGAUGAAGCCCUGUGUUUGGGCAUAAACUAUUUGAAAUGAAGUUAUUGGGAGUUAUUUAUUUGGAUGUUAGCCUCAUGUUUGCUCUCAGCCAUUAAAAUUUAUAUAGCACAGAGUAUUUUAUUUACCCUAGUGAGACCUGUUUCAUGUUCUCAUAAUCAGUUGCUUGGUCAGAAUUGUUCUCUUCUGAGUCAGAAUGCUUUGGCACUCAAAUAUGUGUUUCUGUGUGCAUUUUGUAGGAAAAAUAUGUACUACAAAUAUUAAAGGGCAUCAGAAGAUGGAGAAAUUGCUUUAAAUUUAACCACCCUGUUUUCUUCAUUCUCCACAGACAAGCCCUCCUACAGCAUCCAAAACUUUAAAUUGUAAAUUAUGACCGCAGAGGAAUAAAUUCAAGGUCGUAACUGCUGUGGCUUAAGUGUUAUGGCCAAAGCAGUCAAAUUAAACCCAUCAUUCUAACAAGGUAGAAACUGUUCCCACUUCUACUGUUAAAUUCUUAAAGGAAAAGAAAAAAGGCAUUAAAUUUCUUGGCAUAAAGUUCUGUGUGUAAGGAAUAAACUGUAACUGAGCAUUCAUUCAUAAUACAUGAAUGUAUGUGAAUGGCUCUGCUGAAUUACUUAAGCUUUGCAAUUCUUGUGUUCAAGAAAUGCUUGUUUCUCACUUUAAAAGUGAUCAGUCUUCUGUGCGAUUUAAAGCAGAUCAAAAGUUAUUUUGUGUGAUUUUUGUCUGUGUUCAACCAGAACAAUGGCUUAAUUUUAUCAUUAGUAUUUUUUUGAGCAUAGUAAUAUAUUUUUUGAAAUUACUUAUUCCCCCCAUCACCUCAUCACGGGAAAAUAGUGUAUCACGACAUGUGCACGUCUGCGCUAUUUGUCCAAACCCUCUAAAAAUUCUUUUUGGGUAUCAGGUACUCCUGCUUGGUUGAAGAGCUGCUAUAAAACCUAGAUCAUCUAGUACUUUCAAAUCCCUUUACUCUGAGUAGUUUUGUUUAUUCCAGAACAUAUUUAACUUAUAUGUGCAAAAUAGAUAUUGAGAAUACAAAACAUCCUCUUCUAUUUGGAGUAGAAUAUUAAACCACUUUAAUUGCAUGUAAAUAUAUAGUGGCACCUUUUUUAUGCAAAACUAUCUCAAAGUGCUUUAUAAAUCUCCUCAAAGAUUCUAAAUCCCUAUCCUAGAAAAGAGGGGUUUUAUUCUUUGUGUUUUCAAAUUAUGGAUGAAGACAAGGCACUGAUUAAAUGUAGAAUAAAUACACUACCACCUAAGUAAAAUUUAGGUGAGAUUAUAGAAAUAUGCUCUAAAGAUUUCCAAGUGGAGUCAGAAGGAAAAAAAAUAUAUAUACAUAUAUAAAAAAAAUAAUCAAGUGUGAAAGAUGUGGAACCAUUUGACAGGUUGUUUUGGUUCAUAGCUAGUAUAAAAAAUGGUCAGCUUUUCAUUUCAAGACAAAAUUAAAUAAAAAUUAACAGGGAGUAGUGGUUCCUUAUACUGAAGUAAAGGAUUUCAGGAAAGAAUAGAAAUAAUUCUAAGCAAUAACAAAGGGGCUUUCUCCAUAAAUCUGUUUAGAGAUCUUUAGCUGGUAUAAACCAGCAUAGACCUGCUGGAGCUGUUCUACCUUCAGUGAUUUAAAUUCACUUAGAAUCUGCCUUACAUAUAUAAAGACACUUGUGGAAGAUCAAACUUUCACCAGUUUGGUAGCUACUGACUUACUAUGUCUCAUCUGGAGUCACAGUGGUCAGGUGGACUUCAGAUGAGUUUCAGUUAGAGGUAAUUGAUGUAAAGGUGUAUGUAAACAGCUGGAAAUCUAUAUCCAAAAGUAAAUGAUUGGAGAAAAAUAAUUUUGUGGCAGAAUUGACUAUCCCUGAGAUAAAUCCAUUGGUGAAAUGGGCCUCAUUCUUAGUCUGUGGUGUGCUGUUAUUUGAAAUCUGAAAUGAAAUACAUGGAGUUUAAUGGUGUUUUUUUUCCUCUAGUCUGUGGCCCUAUUGGUGUGAGGAAUUUACCUAGCUGGUUCUGACCUGUGGGACUGUAGCGAAGUAUGUUCCUUGGAUAGAAGUUUUAAUCUGCUAGUCAGAUUGUUUCCUAAAUCCUUUUCCUUUAACAGAACAUAACAUUAACUUAAUGGUUACAUGUGUGUGUAUAUACACAUAUGUAUAUGUAUGUGUGUAUAUGUAUAUAUGUGUAUUUAUAUUUGAGACUAUUAUUCAGAUGACUUGUUUCCAAGCAGUAUUUUACAAUCAAAAAAUACACUGUGCUGCAUUCAAAAGAGAAUGUGUAUUGACUGUGUUGAGUGUUCCUUUCAGAAGAAAAAAUCGACAGAAGUAGAUCUGCUGUUGUGGCAUGUUUACUAUUUCAGCCUAAAAAAAGCAAACAAAACCCCCCCCACAAACAUGCAAAUUCCAGUAAGGCAUUCAAUCAGCUUCCUUUGAAACCUCGUAAUUAAAUUUCUUCCCAGUCUUAACUAUGGCAUUUUGUUUCCCUCCUUCCUCUUCCUAGCACAAAUGAAUGUAGAACAUGUUUUUUUCUCUAUUAAAAUCCCCGAGCAGAUUUCUUUGAAUAAAACAUGUUUGCAACCACUGCAUAACACCAGCCUAUUUCUGUUUAUAGUUCAUCUUCGUAGAUUCAUUAACUAUUUAUGGUGGAAACAUUCAGAAAAGGGGGAACUGUAUCAAAGCAUUUUUGCAUGUAUGUGCCCUAGUAUGUUUAAGAAGCCAAAUUUUAUUGCAUAUAGGAAACAGUUGGCAAUAGAAAUUUUGUUUUUUCUAUCAGUAAAUUUUCUGUUCUUCAGCCCUCACAGCAGAUCAAUACAUUAAUUUUAGCAGGAGCUGGAUCAGUUGUAAUGUUUGACAUCAGAAUUAUAGGCUCUACAUGUUAAUUUCCCUUCAUUAUGGAAACAUGUCUGAUUUUAAUUGCAAAAGCCCCUUUUUAAAAAAAAUAUUAAUAUUUGGAAGAGGUGUAAAUUUGUUUUGGUUUUGCCAGAAAGUGAAUAAUAUUAAAAAGGUGAAAUUUAAAUGCCAUUGUAAGUUGUGCAAAUUUGUAAUUUUUAUGGUCAAUAAGUAUAUGAAUGUAAAAAAAUGAAGAUAUUGUACAUAUUUUAUGUAAUAUAUGUAUAUUUGGUCCUAAGGGGGGGUGGAGAUUGUAAAAAUUAAGCACUUUAAUUCAUGUUGAGUACUUAAAAAGAAAAGAAAUUUGUAUCAUGUAAAAUAAAAGCAUAAUUAAAUAAGUA